ACAUGGCCGACUCGUCUGCAGCCGCCGCAGCCCACCACGCCCAGAACACGCAGACCAUCGUCGAGGCGGCCGCCGCGACCAAGCCGACGCCAUCUGCCAUCAACCCGCUCCUCGCGCGCGGCAAGCUCAAGAAGCCCACAAAGGGCUCGAGCACCAAGGGCAAGAGCAAGGCCAAGCUCGUCAAGGACGUCACAAAGGCCCGCCAAGACGAGCUCAACGUCGUGUCGAGCGGCGGACCCGACCCCGCCGAGGAGGGCGAGGUGCUCGACUUGGCCGACCAGCUCCUCGACCAGCUCGGCGGGCACCUCGACGACGACCCGUCCACGACCACGCCCGCACCCGUCCACGCCUCGACGAGCCAGCCGGCGACGCCGAGCAACGCCCUGAGCCCGACGCCGAGCCACGGCAGCGGGCACUCGACCCGCGAGCGCUUCAACGGCUUCAAGGAGGACCUCAAGGACGCCUUCAUGCCCAACCGCAACACGGACACGGCCGGCGAGCGCAAGCCCAACCGGCAGCAGGCCCGCAAGCUUCGCAAGGCCGACCACUUUGAGCAGCAGCGACGAGACGCAGAAGCCGAGGUCGUCGCCGAGAACGACCGCUCGGUCGAGAUGGAGAAGCAGGCCAUCGAGAACCAGUGCCGCAAGCUCAAGGUCAUGAUCAAGGAGAUCGAGCCCGACGGUCACUGCAUGUACUCGGCCGUCGCCGACCAGGUCAACUUCCUCAAGCUGUCGCCCGAGAAGGUGACGCACCGCGACACGCGCACGAAGGCGGCGGCCUACAUGCGCGCACAUCCAGACGAGUUCCUGCCCUUCUUGCCGAGCGAGGUCGACCCUGAGAACAUGAUGAGCCCGAACGAGUUUGCGCGGUACUGCGACACGGUGGAGAGCACGGCUGAGUGGGGUGGCGAGCCCGAGAUCCGGGCACUGUCGCUCCACUAUGAGGCACCGGUCAUUGUCGUCCAGGCUGGGACCGAGAUGGUCGAGCACGGGUCCGACUUUCCGCGGGAACGAGCGAUGCUCAUCUCGUAUCACCGCAAGAUGUACGGGCUCGGCGAGCACUACAACUCUCUGCGACCGACGACCCACGGCGCACCGCAUGUCCUGCCGCCCGCACCGACCGCAGAUGCGCCUCUCGUCGCCCGGGUUCCGGCCUGAGGCGCACGGCCUCC